CCCGAAGAUACACGGCAAUUUUUUUCCACCGUAUAAACCCCGCGAAUCUCACCUGCGAUUUCGGCUGUUAGGAAAAGCUUCCCGCCUUUUCAUUCGCCAUUUCCAAACACGGUGAACUCUUCCGGGACACACACCAGCCCAGCCAGUGUCAUUAUUUUGUCUAAACAGAAGCUGGGAAUGGCGCUGAGUUCGAGGUUGAAUCCCGCCGAGGAAGAAGAAAAUGAAUUGAACGAUUUCGAACGCCCAGGAGAAGAAGAAGAGGAAGAGGAAGAAGCAGCAGCAGCCGGGGAAGAACCAGGCGACCAGCCUUCGCAUAAUCCUUCUGCUCCGCCUGACGAGUUGUUUGAUAUUUCAACGACAGUUGAUCCUGCGUACAUAAUCUCACUGAUAAGAAAGCUUUUACCGAUUAGUGCAAGUGAAGUGGUUAACUCUCGCGACAAUGGUUUAAGUUGCAAUGAUGGUGUUAGAGGAGGUUCAACAAGCGGUAGCAUGGAUGAUAGUGGAGCUUCGUUAUCUAGGGAGCUAGUUUUGAAUGAGUCCGACAAGAAUGAGCCUGAAAACAUGGACGUUGGUGAUGACGACUCAUCUUCCAGAUCUCAAGUGACUCGUGUUUCACAGGCAGAUGAUGUCUGGGAAGAGCAUGGUUGCGUUUUGUGGGAUCUUGCUGCUAGUAAAAUGCAUGCUGAAUUAAUGGUGCAAAACCUUGUCCUUGAAGUGCUUUCCGCUAACCUGAUAGUAUCCCAGUCAGUACGUGUCAAGGAGAUCUGCCUUGGAAUUAUCGGAAAUUUGGGAUGUCACGAACUCCCAAUGAUGCAUAUUGUCUCCAAGGAGGGGUUGAUGAAAAGUAUUAUUGAUCAAUUGUUUCUAGAUGAUACUCAGUGCCUAUGUGAAGUUUUCCGGAUCUUUACUUCGGGUCUUAAGAGUAAAGAAUGUGGUACAUGGGGCGAAGCACUUGAGGCUGAUCAUGUAUUAUCUCGUAUUAUGUGGGUUGCAGAAAACACCUUGAACUUGCAGCUUUUAGAAAAGAGUGUGGAAUUCUUGAUAGCUGUUCUUGAAUGUAGAGAGGAGGUGUCAAGGGCUCUUAUUCCACCUUUCAUGAAGUUAGGAUUGCCGAGUUUAUUAAUCCAUCUCUUCAGCACUGAAAUGAGUGUUGCAACUGGUGACAAGGUACCUGAAAGAUUGCCUAUUCUAGAUGUAAUUCUUCGGGCAAUUGAGGCUCUUUCGUCAUUAGAUGGUCAUUCCCAAGAAAUUUCUUCCAACAAGACACUAUUUCUACUUGUUUGUGAUGUACUUAAGAUUCCAGAUAAAGCAGAGGUUGCCAGUUCUUGUGUCACUGCUGCAGUUCUAUUCGCAAAUAUGCUGGCUGAUAUACCUACUCUGUCGUCAGAGAUAUGGCAGGAUGUAUCUUUGUUAGAGGGUCUACUGGAUAUAUUAUCAUUCGCUUCGGACGAUUUGGAAGCACAACAUGCAAUCUGGAACACCAUUGCAAUAUUACUGGUGCAUGUCAAGGAAACUGAGAUGACCAUCUCUAGUCUUCAUCAAUAUGUUACGGUCCUCGUAAGCAAAUCUGACUUGAUUGAAGACAACCUUCUUGGCCAGCAAAUAGAUCAUGUUACAAUGGAAAAUAUUGAUAGCAGCAGACGAAAUGCUAGAAGCAUUGCCGUAUCCUGGUUUCGAGUUAGUUUGAUUGUGGCGAACUUUUACUACAAAAUGUUUCAUCACAAAAGUUCCACUGUGGCUUCUUUUCCUCUUAACUAUUUUCACAGCUUCUGAGUAUUGCCGGUAUUUUAACCAAGUGGACUUCAUCAAAAGAUCGGCCCGAGAGAGAUGGUACAUCAUCCGAUGAACACGAUGCAGAAUACGAAAACAUUCGUAGAUUGAUGAGAUGCUGUCAUAAACAUCUUGGAGUAGAACUAUCCCCAUAGCAGCUAAUCUUCUCGUCGGAGUAAGUGACUUCCAGUCAUCCAAUAAAAACCUUCAGCAGAGCGAGAGAUUUCUCCCAUGAACUCCAGUGUCAGAGAGAGGGUCACAGAAGCGACCACCAAGGAGUCACCAUUUUGCGACGAUGAUAUGGAACAGCACCCCCAAGCAUGUUGGGCAGAUAUCCAGAAACAACUGGGGAAUCUUCAUGAUGGCUUCUGAUUUCUUGAGUGAGCACAGGCAUAUCAAAAUCACAUACAAGGCGCGUCAAGCUAUAACCAUCCCAUUCAGCAAACUUUGUACGAAUUGUUUCGAACGACUAAACACAGUUCUGGCUCGAUCAACAGAUCGCACAAUAUAUUGUAACUGUUAAUCCUUGAUGACAUUGAGAACAGUGUAGGUUAAUUCUAUCAGAAACUCAGAGGAAGUCCUCGAUGAGCGGCUGGUAGAACAGCUUGUAGGCCUCCAUGACUUCCAGAUACCACAUGGCUUCCCUGUCUGGAAAUGGCGAGAGAUCGACGAUCUUAUGUACCUGUAUGUUCCAGAAACUUGAUCAUGGCGGUCUCACCUGUACGGAUGAAAUACCCUCCCACCACCAUUACAUAAAUCCCUGGACCGAAAACUUGCGUUGGCGGAACUCGCCGGCGAGGGAGAGCUCGAUGACGCCGGUUCCGUCGUCGAGAAGCAGACGGCCGUCGCCGUCGUUGGAUACAAUGAUUCCCUGUAGCCAGGCGCGCUGGAAGAGAAUGCCGCCGAGAGUCAAGGCGUUCUGAGUAGAGGUUUGGCGAGCAUCUUUCAGUUGGACGCACAGAAGCUUCAGCGCCGCCAGACUGUAAUCCAUUCCUCUCUUUUCUUCUCCGUUCUCCCGCCGCUGCCCUUUUC